AUGGCUACAAUCACUCAAACAGACACCGCUACAUCGGAAGCUGUCUUUGAGCUUCGCGAUACAACAAACGCAACGGGUGGCUCACAUAACGAUGACCCCCCGCCAACAUCAUCCAGCAAGCCAAAUACAGCAGAAAUUCUCAAAAUAUUUAGUGCGGGCUUCUCAUUCUUCGUCGCAGGCGUUAAUGAUGGAAGUAUUGGAGCGUUAGUACCUCACAUCAUUCGCGACUACGACGUGACAACCGCCAUCGUUUCGUCAGUAUAUGGAGCAAAUUUCAUGGGUUGGUUCUUUGGCGCCUUUUCAAACACUCACCUCUGUCAAAUAUUUGACCUCGGCUCCAUGCUUGCUCUGGGUGCUGUCCUACAAGUCAUAGCUCAUGCUCUCCGCGCCUGGAAACCACCGUUUGCCCUAUUCGCUGUGACCUUCUGGCUGGCAAGUCUAGGACAAGCCUACCAGGAUACGCACGGAAAUACCUUUGUUGCCGGAACGAAGGGUUCGCAUCGAUGGCUAGCUUUUAUACACGCCAUGUACAUGGCUGGGUGUCUCGUUGGACCAUUUGUGGCAACAGGUAUAGCGUCAACCGGAAGUACUUCGAGGUGGUAUCUCUUUUACACUUUUCCGCUUGCUAUUGGUGUUUUCAACGUCGCGUUCGUGAUAUACGCGUUCUGGGAUAGCCUCAAACUCAAGAGAAAACAGAAGCCGACAGAAAGGACGCUUGAGGCUGACGAGUCGCCUGCAUCAAGAAGUGAAGAUGCUUUCUCUCUGAUCAAGGAAACCCUCAAAAACAAGAAUGUCUGGCUUGUAAGCAUGUUCUUCUUCUUUUUCCUUGGCGCUACACUCACUGCCAGCGGAUGGGUGGUCGAGUACCUGGUUGAUGUGCGCAAUGGUGAUAUCAAUCAGAUGGGAUUUGUACCUGCUGGAUUUAGUGGAGGAUCUCUGCUCGGAAGACUGUUUCUCGCAGAGCCUACUCACAGAUUUGGGGUCCGAAGGAUGAUUUUUGGAUUUACCAUUAUAAGCAUUGUCUUGCAAGUCUUGUUUUGGCUUGUUCCAAACAUCAUCGCUGCAUCCAUAGCCAUUAGUCUUUUGGGCUUCUUUAUGGGUCCAUAUUUUGCCACAGGUAUCGACGUCGGCUCCAAAUUGUUUAGUCCUCGUAUCCAGUCUACGGCUUUGGCAUUUGUCUUUGUUUUUGCCCAGCUUGGAGGUUGCAUGUUUCCUAUCAUCACUGGUCUUGUAGCAGCUAGUGUUGGCGUGGGAGUCCUGCAGCCUGUUCUUUGUGCGCUGUUGGUUGCCACAUCUAUCUCAUGGUUGUUUGUUCCGAUGCCCAAAGAGACAGAUAACCCAACAUUGCACCAAGAGUAA